GGACUAGUAUCGUCGAUACUGAUCCAACGGCAUGGAGGGAAGGAAAUUCAACUUGUCCAAUUUCGCCAUUGUUUUGGUGCUUGUUUUCGGAGUCGCAAAUCGACAAUGCUCCUGCGCGGUCGUGCAGUUCAUCUUCGGAGACUCCUUGUCAGAUGUGGGCAACAAUGAGUACCUCACCAAGAGCUUGGCCCGGGCAGCCUUGCCAUGGUAUGGAAUCGACUUGGGAAGUGGAAUGCCAAACGGACGGUUCACCAAUGGAAGAACGGUCGCCGAUAUCAUCGGUGAUAAGCUGGGACUUCCUCGACCUCCGGCCUUCCUCGACCCAUCGUUGGAUGAGGACACGAUACUGACCAGCGGCGUGAAUUAUGCAUCAGGAGGUGGUGGAAUCUUGAAUGAGACAUCAUCACAUUUUAUACAAAGGUUUUCGCUCUACAAGCAGAUCGAGCUAUUUCAAGGGACUCAGGAGUUGAUAAGGCGAAAGAUCGGUACCGAGGCGGCCGAUCAUUUCUUCAACCGAUCGCGCUAUGUGGUGGCGCUGGGAAGCAACGACUUCAUCAACAACUACUUCAUUCCGCUCUACGCAGACUCGCGGAAUUACAACGACAACACCUUCAUCGACUAUCUCAUGACUACACUUGAGGCUCAACUCAAGCUUUUGCAUUCGUUGGGUGCUCGACAACUGACCUUCUUUGGGCUCGGGCCGAUGGGUUGCAUCCCUUUACAACGGUUCAUGACAUCCACCGGAAGUUGUCAAGAGUCGACCAAUAAGCUCGCACAAAAUUUCAACAAAGCGUCUGCCAAUCUCUUGGACGAUUUGUCCAACAGUCUCCCUAAUGCCACCUUUAAGUUUGGGGACGCCUACGAUGCCUUCCAGAGCCUGAUCGAUCGACCCUACUUAUACGGGUUUAACAACUCGCACGCACCGUGUUGUACGCUGGGCCGGAUCCGACCGACAUUGACUUGCACGCCCUUGUCGACCCUGUGCAGAGAUCGAAGCGAGUACGUGUUCUGGGACGAGUACCAUCCGACUGAUCAAGCCAACGAGAUUAUCGCCAACGAGAUCAUCAAGAAACUGGAUAUGAAGCCCAUUAACGACACCACCACCAGUCCUUAACCCAUUGAAUAACAAACAGGUUUUGAGCCCAUUAAAGUAUGCCUUCGCGAAAAAGAAAAAGAAAAAGAAAAAAAAAAAUGAUACAGUGUAAUAUAUAUAUUUCUGUAUAUUAAAGAAAUGAGCAAGAUUUGACGUGAUAUAAGAUGGUGAAUAAACAUCUAAUAUAAUUAUUUUCGCUUUGAAUAGGUUUUAUGCCAUCAAAAUUAAUAGAAUAGCAUAUGUUUAUUAAUAUUA